CGGGCGCGCUGCCCGCCGGCGCCCUGCGCCCGGCCGCGGCCCGGGAACGGCCCAGCGCCUGAUGGACCUUGACCCGCGCCGCGGCGCCGCGUCCGUGCCGAGCCGCGACUAGCCGGGCGGGGACGCGCCGCGGGCGCGCCGGGCCGGGCCCUGCUGCCAUGAAGAUGGUUCUGGUGCGGCGGUUCCGCGUGCUCAUCCUCAUGGUGUUCCUGGUGGCCUGCGCGCUGCACAUUGUGCUAGAUCUGCUGCCCAAGCUGGAGCGGCGCGCGGCCCCGCCCUCGGGGGACCCCGGCUGCUCCUGCACGCGGCCUGCGGGGGGCCGCCCCGCCGAGACCCCCGCGGCGGCGUCCGACACCGGCGACUCGGGCUGGCCCAAGAAGCACACGCUGCGCAUCCUACAGGACUUCAGCUCCGACCCUGCCUCCAACCUCACGUCCCACUCUCUGGAGAAGCUGCCCCCCGGGACUGACGCUGCCGAGGGCCCCGGAGCCCCUAGACCCCGCCACCCGGUGCACAGGCCGCUUCUGCGGGCGCCCGGGCUGGGGCGGCUCCCGCAGCCCCCCGAGCCCCGCGGGGGCGGCUCCCUCCUGGCCCGGCUCUUUGAGCACCCCCUGUACCAGGUGGCAGUUCCCCCCAUAACGGAGGAUGAUGUCCUGUUCGACGUGAAUAGCACUCUCAGGGUCCUCCCCAAGGUGGCUAUGGACAGCCCAGACUGGCCUCACGAUGGGACCGAGGAUGAGGGGCUUCUACCCACCCGGGGGGUGGCAGAGGAUGCCUACCCGAACUGGCUCAAGUUCCACGUGGGUAUCAACCGCUACGAGCUGUACUCGAGGCACAACCCAGCCAUCGGUGCACUGCUGCGGGACCUGGGCGCCCAGAGGAUCACCAGUGUCGCCAUGAAGUCAGGGGGGACGCAGCUCAAGCUCAUCAUGACAUUCCAGAAUUUCGGGCAAGCGCUGUUCAAACCCAUGAAGCAGACUCGGGAGCAGGAGACACCCCCCGACUUCUUUUAUUUCUCUGACUACGAGAGGCACAAUGCAGAGAUCGCUGCCUUCCACCUGGACAGGAUCCUGGACUUCCGCCGGGUCCCUCCUGUGGCUGGCAGGAUGGUCAACAUGACGAAGGAGAUCCGGGACGUCACAAGGGACAAGAAACUGUGGAGAACCUUCUUCAUCUCCCCAGCCAACAACAUCUGCUUCUACGGGGAGUGUUCGUACUACUGCUCCACGGAGCACGCCCUCUGUGGGAAGCCCGACCAGAUCGAGGGCUCGCUGGCCGCCUUCCUGCCAGACCUGUCAAUAGCCAAGAGGAAGACCUGGCGCAACCCCUGGCGUCGCUCCUACCACAAGCGCAAGAAGGCAGAGUGGGAAGUGGACCCCGACUACUGUCAGGAGGUGAAGCAGACGCCUCCGUACGACAGGACCCACCGCGUGCUGGACAUCAUGGACAUGACCAUCUUCGACUUCCUCAUGGGCAACAUGGACCGGCACCAUUACGAGACCUUUGAGAAGUUUGGGAACGAGACCUUCAUCAUCCACCUGGACAAUGGCCGAGGGUUUGGGAAAUAUUCUCAUGAUGAGCUGUCCAUCCUGGCGCCCCUCCAGCAGUGCUGCAGGAUCAGGAAGUCCACACACCUGCGGCUGCAGCUGCUGGCCAAGGAGGAGUACAAGCUGAGCCUGCUGAUGGCCGAGUCCCUGCAGGAGGACCGUGUGGCCCCCAUCCUGUACCGGCCCCACCUGGAGGCACUGGACCGUCGGCUCCGCAUCGUGCUGCAGGUCAUCCAGGACUGUGUGGAGAAGGAUGGGCUGGGCAGUGUGGUGCAGGAUGACCUGCGCCCCCAGCACAGUGCUCCCGCCCAGAGGUAGUGACCGCCCCACCGGCCUGCCCCCGUACGGGCUCAGCUACAGGGACGUGGCCACACCACAUGCGGGGCGCCCAUGGCGGAGGCUGGGGGCAGGCUGGUGGUCUUUGAGGCCAGAAGAGUCGGAGAGCACCGGUGCUUGGGUGGACAGCCUGGCUGUGGCUGAGGGGACGCCUUCACCCACUCUGCAUCAUUCACGGCAGGCACGUCGGGGAGGGGCCGCCCGCUGUGCCCCCUUUCCACUGAGGCCGGCAGGAGGCCUUUGAUGGUGGGAGGCCCCAGGCCCCUGCAAAGGUCAGGACAGCAUGAGUGGUGCGGUGCCCUGUGAGCAGCAGACGCCCCAGCAGUGCCAGAGACAGAAUCGUCUGCAAUGUGGUGACCGUGCAAUAAAGAUUCCGCAAGCUCA